GCAACAGCUGUUUGAUAUUAAUGAAUACAUCUGUUUUUUAAAUUAUUAUUUUUUGUUUAGAAACUUGCAGUGCAGAAGCUGGACAGUCUUGCCUCAGGGAAUAGCCUCUUGUUGCUCUCCUGGACUGCUUAAGUUGAAGGAAGGCUGCCAAAGAAGCAGAAAUGGAUGUGUUCGGUGGUGCACCUCGUUUCUUAGCCUACCCAAGACCUGUGAUGGUACAAAGUGGGGCUGAUGCAGUCCUAAAGUGUCAAAUUGGUGGUGAUCCAAGGCCUGCUGUUAUCUGGGAGCGAAACAAUGAAAAGAUUGACCCACAAGGACGCUACAGGGUCUUUGAGGAUGGCAAUGUUUACAAUCUAAUCAUUUCAGCUGUUACCACCGAGGACAGUGGUCAGUAUAUCUGCAAAGCAAAGAACAGCAUUGGUGAAACAUAUGCAGCUGCCACACUGAAGGUGGAAGGUGAAGCACAAGAGAUGGAGUUUCGGGAAGAAAAUAAGCCUCGAUUUCUCAUCAAACCUCUCUCCACUCGAGUUGGUCGUGGGGAAGAUGCCGUCUUCUCUUGUAAGCUUUGGGGAAGCCCACGUCCAGAGGUUGUCUGGGAAAAGGAUGGUAGAAAACUCAAUGAAAUAUUUGAAAGCACACAUUUCAGUGUGGGCUACCAGGACGGGGGAUGGUUCCAGCUCAAGAUCUUUAAGACUCGUGCUCCUGAUGGUGGCGUAUAUACAUGCAAAGCAAGGAAUGAGUUUGGGGAAGCACUGGCAGGAGCUGUGUUGCUCGUUGAUGCAGGUCCAGGACAUGAGGAAGAAGGAAAUCGUAAUGGCUACACAAAUGGCCACUGGAAAGCCCACCAGGGAAAACAAAGGAGUGGUAGGCAAGUGCCAAACCGCCUUAAAGAUGACACCAUGACCAAGUCAACUAAAGUAAAAAUGUUUGCUGUGACAGAGGGCAAACAUGCCAAAUUUCGCUGCUUUGUGACUGGUAAACCCAAACCAGAAAUCAUUUGGAGGAAAGAUGGCAGGCUUAUACUGUCUGGAAGACGUUACUUGUUAUAUGAGGACAGAGAAGGAUACUUCACACUUAAAGUUCUGUAUUGUAAGCAAAAGGAUAAUGGAGUUUAUGUCUGUGCUGCAUCAAAUACCGCGGGGCAAACCCUCAGUGCUGUACACCUCUCCGUCAAGGGUAAGUCAAGAUCAUUUUCCCUGACUUCAGAGUUUCAGUUAUGAAAAAUGUGAAAAUAAUCAGGUACUGUUUAGACAGCAAAUACAGACACAGUCCCAGCCUGUCUGGGACCUUCUUUUUUCAGUGACUAAAGGAGUGAGUAGGGAGUGGUGUGUUCUUGGCUCAAAUAGCACCAUUUGAUGCUAGGAUGAUGUCAGUGAGAUAAAGUGGUACUCUGAGAUCAUUUACUGGGGUUGGGCCAAAGAAAGAUGGCAAUGUUAAAAUCUGAAGUUUUCCUGUGGUUUAAUAAUAAUAAUAUGCUUCACUAUAGAAAGCUU